GCCGCCGCAGGACGCAGAGAAGGCAACUAGCUGGCGACGGCGGCGGCGGUGGCAGUGGCAGUUCUCUGCGAGGACCACGUCUACGAGCCACGAGUGGCCAUCCGGUGGACCUCCGUGCCCUCCUCCGCAUGAGCACAUUGUGAUCAGCCUCUGUACCUUUUCCACAUCUGAAGAUGGUGAAGUUAGAUAUUCAUACUCUGGCUCAUCACCUCAAGCAGGAACGCUUAUACGUAAACUCUGAGAAACAGCUCAUUCAGAGGCUCAAUGCAGAUGUACUUAAGACAGCUGAGAAGUUGUAUCGAACAGCAUGGAUUGCUAAGCAACAGAGAAUUAAUCUGGAUCGGCUUAUCAUAACCAGUGCUGAAGCUUCUCCUGCAGAAUGUUGUCAACAUGCCAAGAUUUUGGAAGAUACACAGUUCGUUGAUGGAUAUAAGCAACUGGGAUUUCAGGAGACUGCAUAUGGAGAAUUCUUGAGCCGAUUAAGGGAAAAUCCUCGUCUUAUUGCCUCCUCUUUGGUUGCAGGAGAGAAACUUAAUCAGGAGAACACACAGAGUGUUAUUUACACAGUCUUUACCUCCCUCUAUGGCAACUGCAUUAUGCAAGAAGAUGAAAGCUACCUCCUUCAGGUUUUGCGAUACUUGAUUGAAUUUGAACUUAAAGAAAGUGACAACCCCAGACGACUUUUGAGGAGAGGAACUUGUGCCUUCAGCAUCUUAUUUAAACUUUUUUCUGAAGGACUGUUUUCUGCCAAACUUUUCCUCACGGCUACGUUACAUGAGCCAAUCAUGCAGCUGUUGGUUGAAGACGAAGAUCACCUGGAAACAGAUCCAAACAAGCUAAUUGAGAGGUUCUCUCCAUCUCAACAGGAAAAACUCUUCGGAGAGAAAGGCUCAGAUAGAUUCAGGCAGAAGGUUCAAGAGAUGGUGGAUUCCAAUGAGGCCAAACUAGUGGCUUUGGUCAACAAAUUUAUUGGUUAUCUCAAACAGAACACAUACUGCUUUCCACAUAGUUUGAGGUGGAUUGUGUCACAGAUGUACAAAACCCUCUCCUGUGUGGAUAGACUGGAAAUUGGGGAGGUCAGGGCAAUGUGUACUGAUCUCCUCCUGGCUUGCUUCAUUUGUCCUGCAGUUGUCAAUCCAGAACAGUAUGGAAUAAUUUCUGAUGCUCCUAUUAAUGAGGUGGCAAGAUUUAACCUGAUGCAGGUUGGCCGCCUUUUGCAGCAAUUGGCAAUGACUGGUUCUGAAGAGGGAGACCCCCGGACAAAAGGCAGCCUUGGGAAAUUUGACAAAAGUUGUGUUGCUGCUUUCCUUGAUGUUGUCAUUGGGGGUCGUGCAGUGGAGACCCCUCCAAUGUCCUCCGUUAAUCUUCUGGAAGGGUUGAGCAGAACUGUGGUUUAUAUAACCUAUAGUCAGCUUAUUACUCUGGUGAAUUUUAUGAAGAGUGUGAUGUCUGGAGAUCAACUGAGAGAAGAUAGAAUGGCUCUUGACAAUUUAUUGGCAAAUCUACCCCAGGCGAAGCCAGGAAAAAGCAGUAGUUUGGAAAUGACUCCCUAUAAUACUCUUCAGCUGUCUCCAGCAACCACUCCAGCAAAUAAAAAGAAUCGAUUACCUAUAGCAACUCGGAGUAGAAGCCGCACCAAUAUGCUAAUGGACCAGCAUAUGGAUCAUGAGGGAUCAUCUCAAGAAACCAUCCAGGAGGUACAGCCAGAAGAGGUCUUGGUCAUUUCCUUAGGGACAGGUCCCCAGCUUACUCCAGGAAUGAUGUCAGAAAAUGAGGUCCUAAAUAUGCAACUUUCUGAUGGAGGGCAAGGAGAUGUCCCUGUUGAUGAAAACAAACUCCACGGUAAACCUGAUAAAACCUUGCGCUUUUCCCUCUGCAGUGAUAAUCUGGAAGGAAUAUCUGAAGGUCCUUCAAAUCGCUCCAAUUCAGUGUCCUCUCUAGACCUGGAAGGAGAGUCUGUAUCAGAACUUGGAGCAGGACCUUCUGGGAGUAAUGGAGUUGAAGCUCUACAGCUAUUAGAACAUGAACAAGCCACAACACAAGAUAAUCUUGAUGAUAAGCUAAGGAAGUUUGAAAUUCGUGAUAUGAUGGGCCUAACAGAUGAUAGGGACAUAUCAGAAACAGUGAGUGAGACUUGGAGUACAGAUGUCUUGGGAAGUGACUUUGACCCUAACAUUGAUGAAGAUCGCUUGCAGGAAAUUGCAGGUGCAGCAGCAGAGAACAUGUUAGGCAGUUUGCUGUGCCUACCAGGUUCAGGGUCAGUGCUUCUUGACCCCUGCACUGGUUCUACCAUAUCAGAGACAACCAGUGAAGCUUGGAGUGUAGAGGUAUUACCAAGUGACUCAGAGGCCCCAGACCUAAAGCAGGAAGAGCGUCUGCAAGAACUGGAGAGCUGUUCUGGACUGGGUAGCACAUCUGAUGAUACGGAUGUCAGGGAGGUCAGUUCCCGCCCCAGCACACCAGGCCUCAGUGUUGUGUCGGGCAUAAGUGCAACCUCUGAGGAUAUUCCCAAUAAAAUCGAAGACCUGAGAUCUGAAUGCAGCUCUGAUUUUGGGGGUAAAGAUUCUGUCACUAGUCCAGACAUGGAUGAAGUAACCCAUGGUGCCCAUCAGCUGACCUCUCCUCCUUCUCAGUCAGAGUCUCUCCUUGCCAUGUUUGAUCCACUGUCUUCACAUGAAGGGGCUCCUGCUGUGGUAAGACCAAAGGUUCACUAUGCUAGGCCAUCGCAUCCACCGCCGGAUCCCCCAAUCCUAGAAGGAGCAGUGGGAGGACAUGAGGCCAGGUUGCCAAACUUUGGUUCACAUAUUUUAACUCCAGCUGAAUUGGAGGCAUUCAAGCAAAGACAUUCGUACCCUGAGAGACUAGUUCGCAGCAGGAGCUCUGAUAUAGUGUCUUCUGUCCGACGACCCAUGAGUGACCCUAGCUGGAACCGACGUCCAGGGAAUGAAGAGAGAGAACUCCCUCCGGCUGCAGCCAUUGGUGCUACUUCUUUGGUGGCUGCACCUCACUCAUCAUCUUCAUCCCCGAGUAAGGACUCCUUGAGAGGAGAGGCUGAAGAACGCAAAGAUAGCGAUGAUGAGAAAUCAGACAGGAACAGACCAUGGUGGAGAAAACGUUUUGUUUCAGCCAUGCCUAAAGCUCCUAUACCAUUUAGAAAGAAAGAAAAACAAGAAAAAGACAAAGAUGAUCUGGGGCCUGACAGAUUCUCAACACUCACAGAUGAUCCCAGCCCUAGACUCAGUGCACAAGCUCAGGUCGCUGAGGAUAUUCUGGACAAAUACAGGAAUGCCAUUAAACGAACCAGCCCCAGUGAAGGAGCAAUGGCAAACUAUGAAAGUACAGAGGUUAUGGGUGAUGGGGAAAGUGCACAUGACUCUCCUCGUGAUGAAGCACUGCAGAACAUCUCGGCUGAUGACCUCCCAGACUCUGCGAGCCAAGCAGCCCACCCCCAGGACUCGGCUUUCUCUUACAGAGAUGCAAAAAAGAAACUGAGGCUUGCUCUUUGCUCUGCGGAUUCUGUUGCCUUCCCAGUGCUAACCCAUUCAAGGAAUGGUUUACCAGACCACACAGACCCAGAAGACAAUGAAAUUGUAUGCUUCUUAAAAGUUCAAAUAGCUGAAGCAAUUAAUUUACAAGAUAAGAACUUAAUGGCUCAACUUCAAGAAACAAUGCGUUGUGUAUGCCGCUUUGAUAAUAGGACUUGUAGGAAACUGCUGGCAUCUAUUGCUGAGGACUACAGAAAGAGGGCCCCGUAUAUCGCUUAUCUAACUCGUUGUCGACAAGGACUGCAGACCACACAGGCUCACCUGGAAAGACUACUACAAAGGGUUUUGCGGGACAAAGAGGUGGCCAAUAGAUACUUUACUACCGUCUGUGUGAGGUUACUGCUUGAGAGCAAAGAAAAGAAGAUCAGAGAAUUCAUUCACGACUUUCAGAAACUCACAGCAGCUGAUGAUAAAACUGCUCAGGUAGAAGAUUUUCUGCAGUUUCUUUAUGGGGCAAUGGCUCAGGAUGUCAUAUGGCAAAAUGCCAGUGAAGAGCAGCUUCAGGAUGCCCAGCUGGCCAUUGAGCGAAGCGUGAUGAAUCGGAUUUUCAAGCUUGCUUUCUACCCUAAUCAGGAUGGGGACAUACUUCGUGACCAGGUUCUUCAUGAACAUAUUCAGAGAUUGUCUAAAGUAGUGACUGCAAACCACAGAGCUCUUCAGAUACCAGAGGUAUAUCUUCGGGAGGCACCAUGGCCAUCUGCACAAUCAGAAAUCAGAACAAUAAGUGCUUACAAAACCCCCCGGGACAAAGUGCAGUGCAUCCUGAGAAUGUGCUCUACUAUCAUGAACCUUCUGAGCCUGGCCAAUGAAGACUCUGUCCCAGGAGCAGAUGAUUUUGUCCCCGUUUUGGUUUUUGUGUUGAUAAAGGCAAAUCCACCCUGUUUGCUGUCCACUGUCCAGUAUAUCAGUAGCUUUUAUGCCAGCUGUCUGUCUGGAGAAGAGUCCUACUGGUGGAUGCAGUUCACAGCAGCGGUGGAAUUCAUUAAAACCAUUGAUGACCGCAAGUGACCAAGACCAAGGCCCGCUGAGGCAGCAGACUGUUAGUUGGACAAAUAGAUCUCUGAAAAAAUGUACCAGCUGCUUUGAAGGCUGAAGAUUGCUUUUGUAUGAUAUUGUACAGUGCUCAGACAUUUUAAAACAGAUCUUUACUAAACAGAUUAAUGAGCUAACAAGCAGGUUUUCUUUGGGCUCUUUUCCUUUCAGAGUUGCAUAUUUUGUUAUUUUCUUGUCCCCCAGUAGAGAGUAGCACUGCAAAAAGGGACCACAUUUUUCAGGUUUUUUGAAAUAUUAAAAAACAGAAAAAUCUCUUACAGAAUUCCUAGAUCUCAAUCCAUGGAUAUACAUAUUUCCUUUUUUUUUUCUUUUUAAAGAACAGUACACCUCUUUUAAGAUGCUGUCUAAUUUGUAUGCAUCUAAUGGAAGGAAAAUACCAGUUGCACUGAGGAUUGUAAUAGUGGUGACAAUAAUGGCAUUAUCUAUAAAUACACUCACCUAAAUUGAAAAGCUAAGAAGGAAAUGUAAAUAUAAUAUAUAUUUAUAUUUGAUGCAACAAGGACAUCUUCAGAUUCUAAUAAACAAGGAGUAUUGCUGAUAGUAGGUUGUAACAUACCCUCUUGUGAAAUGGUUUCCUUGACAAAGUUAAGCUGAGCUUAAGAGCAAACAAAAAAAUACACAGAAGUAUUUAUUAAAGUGUAAUACAAUUUAUCGAACUUCCUUAGGUGUGGAGUUUUAUGCGCAGGGCUGCCUUUGAUGAGGAGUAUAAAAAUCACUGAGUAAGUCACUCAGAUAUUUCUCACUAUGGAAGUUUUUGAGCCUGCACGUUGGAGGUAGACUCUUAAUCGCCAUACAUUACAUUAAAAGGAACAGUAGGUAUCUAAUACUUUUUUGUGGUACUUCUCUCAUUUGAAAUACUAAAUAUACUGUAGAAACCCCAAACAGAGCUCCUUACAAACCUUUAAUUGUAAUAUAUUUUUUGAUGAUUAUUCACAUUGAAUGCACAGUCCAGGAAUUCAGUGAAUGUCAUUUUUUUAAAAACUAAUUUGUAUUGUCUGCUCUAGUGAUUCAGGUUUUACUAGUGAUAAACUAUUUUAAUCAACCAUACUAUUCUUAUGAAAAAAAUCUAUUUUGGCAAGUUUUUGUGCCUUUAUUUCUCUCUUCUGAAAAAAAGUAUGUGUUUUAGUAGUUUGGUUUGCAUUCUACAUCAGUAAUUAAUCCAAGAAUAGGUUUUUGUGUCUGAGAAGUUGGCCAAGGAGGCACAUCAAAGCUUCAAGCACAAGUCUUAUACGUAGGCCAUUGCUGACUGGUUUCACUUUGUAUGUUUACUAAACAUGUUUACUGAUUGGCUUCUUUUAUAACAAACUCAGUCCCGUAUUGAGUCCCUGUUGCUGGCAGCAGAGUUUCCAGGCAUUCGUAAGGGAAUUGUGACUAACAGCCCUGAGCAGAUGAAUACAGAGGCUUUCUGCUCCCCCCUAAGAUCUGUGUUUCUUAAUGCCUGAAGAAACUGGAUUUUCUUUAUGCCUUCACCUCUUCUCAUUCAUUUAUUUUAAAACAUCAAGUUCCAUAGAAGUGUGCGAUGUGGUUUCUGCAUUUUAGGGAGAGAUCAAAAUUAAAGUAGUACUACGGAAUGUCCUUUUGACUGCUAGGUCAGGAAAUCUGUGUACAGAGUCGUGUGCUUUAUGGGCUGUUACUGUAAACUUGUCUAGGUAUUAGAAAUCAGAUCCCAUCAUAAAUACAGGACAAACCGUAUACCAUGAUUUCUAAGACCUAGCCAGUAGUUCAUUUACGUCAACAUUUGAUAAAAUAAAUGUUAACAGAAGACUGAAUAUUUGGAAUUCAUUGUAAUGAGAUUUAACUCGUAAGUCAAUGAGAGUUUUUUUUUUUUUUUUUCCCUCCACAAUGGUUGCUAAAUCUAUUCCAUAUUAUCACUGUGGAAAUAAAUAUGAAGAUGUGGACUUUGCACAAGGCUCUUUUCUGUGGAGGAGACGGUGGUGGAUUUGGGGUAUAGGGCUACACUGGAGCCAGGAGAUGGGUGUGCAGUGCUAGAGCCAGUGGGGCGGGUAGAACCACAGAGAUUCAGCAUCAGAAUUACACACAAAUGCUGAUGCUCGGGCCUCGACUUGGGUGCUGGCAGAGACGCACAGCCCAGCUGUCUCAGGAGCAGUUACUUUUCCUUCUGAAAACCCUGUCAGCAUUAACCAUUGCUUGUCUGAUUUCAUGACAGGAUUUAUUAUAGAGCUGAUUUCUGAAUUUAGCAGCUGGUAUUAACUACAUGGCAGUGGAGGUGGUGUGUGAGAUGGAGUAAUUUGAUUUUGCUCUUUCAGGAAAGAGAAAUAGUUGUUCUUCACAUGUUUCUUACUAAACUUCCUCCUAGUAUUUAUUUUACAUGAAAGAUACAGAGCAAAGUACAAAAUCACCCAUGGGGAACAUUUGGUAGCCACCAAUUAUAGUACUGAAUUUACAAAGAUAAUGAAUAUUAACUGGGGAGACAGUAGCUCAGCUCAUGGAAUCUUGUAACAUUAACUCUUCUCUACUGAAAAGAAAAAUCAAUUUGUAUUUUGUAUUAAUAUUUUGCUUUUGGAAGUUAAGUAGUAGAAAUACAGGUUGAAGAUUUCCUUUCCUUGUAAAAUUAUUAUUGUUUAAACCUGGUAAACAUUUUGUUUGACUUUAGGUCAAACCUCAACCAUGGUUAUUGCUUUCUGCUGCUUUUUCUUUUUAAAAACCUGCUUAUGAAAGCCUUUUUAUACAGAUAGUUAAAUAGCUGUAGUAAAAGAAUUAGGUUUUCUGAGAGAUUGGAAGAUAUAUGUGAUGCAUGGUUUUUCCCAUCCUGUUGUGUUCUGGAAGUCUUUGUUUAAAGUGGACUUUACAUAUACGUGAUAAUGUGGUAUGUCAGCAAGAGAACAAAAACCUGGCUCAAGCAGCAACUAUUCUUGCCAUGAGAUUGUAGCUGGCUGUGCAUGCCAAGCAAUGGCACCAUUUUCCUGUUACUUGCCCUGAGUAUUCCAGUUUGGACCAAAUAAAGGUCAAUUAGGUAUUUUAAAUGUGUAGAGUUUUACAUUUUUCUUUCUUGGUGUCGUUGGAUACGAAGAGGGAAAGUAGGAAGACUUGCUCAAAAUUACUAGUGGAUUGCAUAGAAGCGAUAGGUAGUGGAGUUAUGCAGUCAGCAAAGGUAAAUUAAGAGAGAGAAGGUGCUGUCCACUUGGGUAACAGCGGACAGUGUGGGCAGGGAGCCCACGCCUUAAAAAUUCAUCUCUGCUGCGUUGUCUUGUGUACUGUGUUCUCCUUGUGCUUCACCUGUGUUAAAAAUCUGUGUACUGCCUCUUCUCUUGAACCUGGCAAAAUCUUUAUACAAGCCUGAAUUAAUGAGCUUGCUCAAUCUUGUGUAUGUACAGGAAACCCAUCAUGUCUUCUAAUGUGAUUGCUAAUGUAUGAUACCAUUCUGUAAAACUCAUUAAAAAGGGAGAGCAGUUUAAUUCACUGGGUUUAUGUUUCCAUCAUCUGUUUUCGUAUUCAGACAGAAGCAUUUCUGAAAAUUCAUUUGGCUUUUUGAAUAUUAUGGAUGUUCUCCAUGAAUUCACUCUCAUAUUUUUCAUCCAAACAUCUAAGGAUAUUUGUUAAGUGUGAUAUGAGAAGGAACUAGAAUGACCCAGCAGUUACUAAUGAGAUGGUAAACAUUGACUGUUUUUAACACAGUCACUAUCUGACCCUUAUAUUUGGUAGCUAUUCAUCAGCCUUCGUUCUGAAAGCAGAAGUGUCACCAUUGUAAUCACGAUACUCAUUGAAGCUUAUAUGAAUCUUUUCAGCUGAGAAGGUUACUAUUAGGGAAGGCUCUCUUUCUCGCAGAGGCAGACUCACUCUUUAGGCUCCUCUCACUGGUGGAAAGGCGCUUUCUCUAUGCUGAUUGCACUUCAUUUAGAAGGGAACAUUUAAAAACUUUCAGGGCUCAGUUUUCAUUCAGUUCAUUCAGUAUUUAAGAUUAACGCUAUUACUUGCCUAGAACUGAAAAUAGAAUUCAGCUCUUCUUGCCAAGUCAGGACUGUAUCUCUCUCGGAUUCCUCUUAUAUUUGUAUUACUCAGACCUUUCUCCUUGGAGUCCCUGGAUAGCGUAAACGCAUUCAGCUGUUAACGGAAAGGUUGGAGGUUCUAGUCCACCCAGAGGCACCUUGGAAGAAAUGCCUGAUGACCUGCUUUGGAAAAAUCAGCCAUUGAAAACUCUGUGGAGUACAGUUCUACUGUCACACGUGGGGUUGCCAUGAGUCAGAGUCAACUCAUCGGUAACUGAUGGUAACCCCAUGUCCCAGUAAGUAGCUUUGUAGCUGUUUUCACAAAGGAUGCUGAGCUGACAGUGCGUGCCCACAGUGCUGCCUGUAAAAUGUUCUGUGAUGAUCCUAAAAAGGGAAACCAGGUCAGAAGCUUCUAGCGGCUGCACAUGUGCCCUCUACCUAACGAUUAAGUGUUCACUGAAGAGCUUUCAUUUCAGUCAUUUUGUUCAAGAAGAAUCCACAUUGAUUGAGGGUAGCGUUGUACAGCUGAUUACUGUAAUUGCUGUCAAUAAGUUGUACACUUAUAAAAGUUGAAUUGGCAAAAGUGUGAUAUAUUUACAACAAUGACAGAAGUCACUGUUGAGGCUGCUUAUGUACAACCAAACAUCUCAUGGGAUUUGGUUCCUUGGUUUGGAGGUUUAGGGUCGUGGUUUCAUGGGACAUCCCAGUUAACUGGUCUAAUAACAUAUUCAGUGCUUCUGUUUUACCUCCUACUGGCUGAGUCGUGUUUCAUUGUAUGUAUGCAUGUAUUGUGUAUAAGUACCACAUUUUGUUUACCCAUUCAUCCAUUGAUGGACAUUUAGGUUGUUUCUACCUUUUGGCUGUUGUGAAUAGUGCUGCAAGGUACAUUGGUAUACAAGUCUCUUUUUUGAGUCUCUACUUUCAAGACUUUUGGGUAUGCACCUAGGGGUGGAAUUGCUGAGUCAUAUGGUAGUUCCAGUCUUUUAAGGAAUCACUAUGCAGUUUUCCACAGUGACAAUAGAUAAGGGCUCCAAUUUCCUCACAUUCUUGCCAGCUUUAUUUUCUGUUUUUUUUUUUUUUUUUUUCCCCUUACCCAUCCUAAUGGGAGUGAAAUGUCAUCUCACUGUGGUUUUGAUUUGCAUCUGUCUGCUGCCUAAUGACCCUGAGCAUCUUUUCGUGUGUUUGGUGGCCAUUUGUAUGUCCUCUGGUGAAAUGUCUAUUCAUGUCUUUUGCCCAUUUAUGAUUGGGUUAGUUGUCUUUGUUGUUGCUGAAGUUUUAUAUAUAUAUAUUGGUUAUUAGAUUUUUGUCAGAUACGUGGUUUCUGAAACACUUCUCUCAGUCGGUAGCUAGUCUUUUCACUCUUUUGGUAAAGUCUUGAAGAAAAGUUUUUAAUUUUUAUGAGGUCCCAUUUAUUUAUUUUGUCCUUUGGUGUUUAUGCUUUUGUUACUACAUUUUAUAAUCUAUUGUUGAAAGCUAGGCCUGACGACAUUGCCCCGCUUGUUCUUCUAAUAAUUUUGUGGCUUUAAUUUGCACGUUAGGUCCUUAACUCCAUUUUCAGAUUUGUUUUUGUCUAUGGUGUGAGGCAUCCUGGAUCAAUCUUGCCACUUACUGAAGAGUCAUGGUUUUCAAAUGGUGUAUGGUUGUAGUGCCAGAUCCGGCAAUCUGAAGAUGGUCUAAUCUUAGCUCUGCUGCUUACCAGGCUGAAGGUGAGUGACUUGUCUUCUUCGAGAGGCUUUUCCUGAUUUGGGCUAUAUUGCCUCAAUGACCCCUUCCAGUCUGUAGUUUUGCCAUAUGUGUGUGUGUAUAAUCUUGAAAUAUUUCUCCUGUUCUAUCAUUUAUUUGAGGCGUAUAAAGUGCAGUGGCAUCGUGGAGGUUGCAGUGAGUACCGUUGAGUGUUUGGAGCCUCUGAUGAAAGAGGCCAUCCACUGAGCUGACUCACAGGGGGAUUUGAAGCAGAACUGAUACCUUAGGUGACAAGACAGAGACAGUAGGUCCUGGAAGGCACUGCAUUCCAGUAUUAACCAGCUGAGCAUUUGCUAGAAGAGGGCCGGGCACUGGUUAUACCUCAAGACUCUCUGGGAGGUAAAGACCUUCCACAGUCAAAUGAAUAACCUCUGCACGUAGAAAUCACUUAAACAAGAACCAAUUUUUAACUAAAGGGCCCGGUGGUCAUCCUACUCUGAGCUUAAAUUCUGUUUUGCUAUGCUCAUGAAUAACUACAGUGAAAUAAUUUCUGAAACUUUGUUACUCCCUCUGGAUUUUAGACACUUCAGUCCUUGAGUACUCAUCAUCCCAUCUCUCACAAUCAUUCACUCACCCAGUUUCCCAACAUUUCUUCACUGCACCUAGUCCCCCAAAGCUUGUAGAGAUGUUUUGAAUCCACCCCCCACUGCCACAGCUAUCUUUUUAACCUCCAUUAUUAUAACUGCCUCCUGACUGGUUUCCAUGCCUCCCUCUCACCCUCUCUCUUAAGUGCCCCCAGAACUAAUCAAGUCUGCUCACACUCUUCUGCCUAAAAUCUCUUUCUUAUUUUGGUCCAACUUGACGUUUCAGCCUUGUGCGUCUGUCCUUUCCCCUUCCCCUUCCCCUGUAGCUCCACUCCAGCCCCUUAGAACUCUCACCUUGACCCCAAAAGUGCCAUGCUUUAUGUAUCGCUCAGCUUUUGCCCUUGCUGAAUCCUCUGGUUAGAAUGCCUCUGCCCUCACCUCCCUUCAAGUGUUUCUUUCUGGAGGAAGACUCCCUAGAUGCCCCAUCCUUCCCUCCCUCCACAAUGAGGCCCAAUCCUCUGUACACCUCUCGACAGCCUGUGCUCUCCUUGGGGACAGUGUCUCCCACAAAUGGCAGGUGUCCCCAAGUGUUUGCAGAUGGUUGAAUGGUGGGCAAACAGUAGCCCCUCAGUGCCCAGCGGCGAUUCUACUGUCUUCUCCCAAGUGUGGCCCACCUGCCCCUGCUUCCUGGCUGGAUUGCUCCCUCCCAUUCUUCCCUUUGUGUAGGGUGUCCCUUCCUUCACGUAGUAUAAUCCUGGUAGUUCCUCACGUCCUUUGAGAAGACAUGUGCACCAAGCCCUUGUCCUCCACAGGUAGACGUAGGUGGGGUAGCAGCUCCCCUGCAGCCCCGGCCCCGCAUGGGCCUUGGACUCCAAGCUGUAGUCUGUACACUGCAUAGUGCCACUCUACCCGCAUGUGCCACAGUGUUAGUAAGUUCUGGAUGGUGGGCUGCCAAGGCUCAUGUCCCGGUCCCCUGCCACCCCUUCUGGCCAAGAGCUAGGGGUGGGGUCAUGCUCCCUCUCCGCUUCUUCACCUUUCUAGUUUCAGGUGCCAAGUGGCCACAAGGCAAAGAAUGGGGGUCCUGCUGGGCCAUGUAGAGCUGACCAACCAGGAAAAUGGAGUUGGGGCCACCACGAGUGGCAGAGGAUGAAGCAGCUGAGGCGCAGUGAGGUGAAGAAGCUUAUCCAAGGCCACACGGCAAAUAAAUGGCAGAAUCUGCACCUGAAUUAAGGUCUAGCAGGUGCCCAAGUCCUUAUUUAUAGCGUCUAAUGGAUCCUGUCUGCACCUCUGCAAAAUACCAGUAUCACAGGAUUGUGGGCAUUUGCACGUGCUGGAGUGGGGAGGAGCUUUGUGAACUGUGGUGUGCUGCCUGUAGUUGUUCGUUGUUAUCCCCGUCCUGGUGUGCACGUCCCUUUGAAUCUGAGUCUUUGGAGCAGGGAAGGCCCAAUUCUCCAUACGCUGCCAAGGUCCACUUCCUAGUAUCAAGGCUAUGGCAAGGACAGAGGCUGACAUUCUCCCCCUCCUUCUGAUUUGCCUCCUUUGGAAGGAGAAGGGGUGACCUUCACCUCCCCCUUUGUUGUAAUAGGCUGGCACCUGGACUUCCAUGUGGGGACCAGGGGGAGAAGGCCUGGUUUCGGGGGAUCCCUUUCAGACCCUGGAGAAAGCAGCAGGGCAGGCGGUUAUAAAUGUGGCUGGGAACACAGAGGAACAGAUGAGAGAAAGCCUCCAGGUGACUGGGUGGAAAGGAUCCACCAGGGUGGCCACCUCCUCUCUGUGCACAGAUUGAGCCCAUGAUGAAGAUGAAUGGAAACACCUUUGCUGGAAAAUGUGGAGGCAAUCAAGGCAGCUACCUGUGCUGCGUGGCCCUCCCACCAUCCAGAGCAAGGAAAUGUUAGGUUUCAGAAUUUUCAGCAGUUGCCACAUGGUCAGCACGGAAACCAGACAAAAGUCAUGAUAAGCAGCCCCAAUUAUGGGAUAAAUGAUACAGGACGCCCGUUAUCUUGGCAGGAAUUAGUGGACUCAAACAGCGGCUGCAGGUAUCAGGUAGCUCCUGCAAACAGACAACAGCUUGCACAAAAGAAAGGCAGCCCCGACUGGUGCGGACCCCAUACCCCCGCCCAGACCCCUCAGUGUGAUGCCUUAAUCACCAGCAGCCUUUCUGCAAGCCGCUCUGGGACUUUUAAGGGCCGGUUGGGGAGGGAGAGGGAAGAUGGGAGAUUGCUUUGUGGGCUAUCUAGCGUUUGUUGAUGAAAACAAACUGAACUUGCAGCAUCCAAAUCCCACACUGGGAGGUAGGACUGAUGAGGACAUUGUGUCUUCAUCUUUCCAGGCUGAAAAAUCCCAAUUUUUCUCAAUAUGUCCACUGCACUGCAAUACGUGAUCAUCUGGUCACAUGCACUGUGGACCAGGAAGAAAGGUUUGCUGAGCGAAUUAAUAUUGUCGACGAGAUUGCAGGGGGCAUGUUUAACUCACUUCAGGUGCUUUAGAAGCAUUCACACAAUGGAUAAGCUAAUUACAAAUCAUGCCUAUUUAUUCAUUAAACAGGGCCUGGGGGAAAUUCAAAGAGGCAAAACUGUCUUAACUUCAUUCAAUUUGCAGUCUGUGAUUAAAUGCAACACAGCUGCAAGACUCCAGAAAUGUUGCCAAAUUUCAGCCUCUUCCCUGGUUCAGACUGACCUAGUCUCUGGGAGCCAUACUGUCCUCUAGUGUGGCCUUGUCAUCCUUCUUCAGCCCUUUUGGUGGCUCACCGGCUGCUUCUGACUUUGGCAAAGUCCCUUUACCAGCCCACGUGUCUCAGGUUCCUCAUCUGUAAAGUGGGGCUCACAAUCCCCUGGCUCUUGGAAUUCCUGGGGAAUAAGGGAGGUGGUGGAUGUUCGGUGACUAUUCCAGAACCUGGCCAGUCGCCACGUGAUGAAGCCUCCUUCAUUGCCCUCCUCCUCUGCCAUGUACACCUGUGGGCUCUCACUAAGGUGGAGACUCCACCCACUUCUAUGAAAUAUCGAAAAUAGGCAAAUCUAUAGAGACAAAAUUUUAUCAGAGAUUACCAGUUGGAGAUGGGGAGCUGUUGAUUAAGGAGUACUGAGUUUCUGGUUGGGGUGAUGAAAAGCUUUUGGAAAUGGAUAAUGGUUGUGGUUCUACAAUGUGGUGAAUAUAAUUAAGGUCACUGAACUGUACACUUAAAAAUGGUUGAAAUGGCAAACUUUUUGUUAUAUGUUUUACAACAAUAAAAUUAAAAAAAAGAUGGAGGCCCAGGGCCACCCAGUCUGUGACAAGGAAAAGUUGUGUCUGCUGUCCCCCAGGGGCUGCUAGCUCAGCCCUGGAUUCUGGCUUUGUGUCUCCUCACUGGGAGUCCAGGGCCUCCUCUCCCAGACAGAGUGACCAACUGUCCCAGUUUGCCUGGACUGAGGGGUUUCCCAGGAUGCAGGACUUUCAGGACUAAAAUAGGAACAGUUGCAGGCAAACCAGGACAGCUGGUCACCCACUCUCAGAGCCCAUGAAGCUCUCCUUAUUCAAAUUCCUUAAAAUAAACUAAAAAAUAAAGCUAAAAGUUACCUUCAGUCCUCGGAAAUACCUGGGAGGCUCCAGAGUUAUUUGUUGUCAUCCAUAAAUAACAAGAACCCAACAGCCAACAUUUGCUUAGCAUUUUCCGACUCAUGAAGUGUUUUUAAUUUAGGGGAUGAGUGUUUAGGGGCUUCCUUUCCAUUUACUGGGCACCCGCUGCCUGAGCCCUCAGGGCUGAUGUGAGUUUGGUGGCCGUGGUCAAAGCUUAGGGCUCUAGUCCCUCGACCCUGUCAGACUGCGGAGCAACUAGCCCCGUGGAUCCUGUGGCCCUCAGUCUGGCACACCAUUUCAGCUCCUCCAUCCUGCCUUUGUUAGAGGAUCACUUACCUAGAAAAGGUCCCCAGAUAUUAACUUCAGCCAUCUGAAAUUACCCCUUACAUGGACCCCACAUAGUCAAGUAGUGGCAAUUUCAUAUGGUUCAGCCUGAGAUAAUAAUGACUUGAAACAACCUAAUUUCUCUGAGCCUCAGUUUCUCAGUGCUGCAGGUAGAAUUAAAUGAGACAAUCCACGUAUGGCAUUUCAGCAGUGCCUGGCACGUAGUAGGUGCUCUCUGAAUGAGAGCAUUUAGCAUCAACUUGUAUCUGUGCGUGCCCUUCGUCUUUCUGUGUUGACUGUGGUCAGCCCCACAGCAAGCACCAGACAAAUGUUUGCCGAAUGAAGGAGAGGGAGUAAAUUCACGUGGCUCCCUCCCACUGGUGUUUCCCAAAUGACCUUGAGGCUGCUCUCCCCCUUCCACCAACCAAAGGGUUCCUGCUCUGCCCACUUCCCUUGGAGGCCUCUCUGUUAAACACCCCAUUUCCCAUGGCUCCCCGCAGGGGGCCUGAUGGGUUAUAAGCCGUGUUUCCAUCUCCCCUAUGGUUUCUAAAACAUACAAAUCACUCUGGCUGCAUUUCUGUGUUUCAUUACUAGGGAUGCACAUUUGAAAACAACAGAGGGUGAGGUUUAAAAGCAACAUGCAAUUUUUAUUACAUAUAUCUCCAAAUCUGCCAUUAGUCUCGUCCCUGUGGUGUUAUUGACCUUGAUUCUUUCUCAUUUGCAUCCUGCAUUUUUCAUCCUUUAGAAUAUGGUGUUUUGGGACUUCUCCAUCAUUAAGUGGAUUUACAGCAAUUUCCCUGUGUGUUUUCUCCAAGGGAUUCUGUUAUGAGAUGCACAUUAAAUCUCCAUUAAUACCUCAUUAUCCGACUGAUAAGAUUACCAUGAUAAUGAGGCAGAAAUUCUAAUUGUUUCACUUCUUAUUGUGCCUUCCAUUUAAUCCUUUACCUGUAAGCUGGUCAUGAGCUGGCAAGCACCAGGCUGAGAAAGGCUUUCCAAUCAGAGGACCUGAGGCUGGGAUCAUUCUGAUCAAUAGUGGCGGGGGGAGGGAAAGGAGGGGAACCCAAGCCUGAAUGAAUUCCCUCAGCAGGAAGUGUUGGGGUAGAAAGCCAUCUGGGGUGAGUCUAGUUGGGUUUAUAGAGCUCUUUGCUCCAGCCCAAUAUACUCACACACACAGAGGCAUGAACAUGGACACACAGAAGUGCACACAGCCUGCACACACAGCCACAAACUCACAUGUACACACACACGACAUGCACAUGGACAAGUGUACACACAUGCACACACAUCACGUGCAUGUGGACACAUGUACAUGUGUGCACAUACAUAUCAUACAGCAUGCAUGCACAUGGCCACAGUUCAAGAGAGCCCAGCCUCUUACUCUCAUUCUCUAUUUUUCUACCCACCAGACCCCCUUUCAGACCAUUCCUAGCUGUGGAGCACUCCAUUAACCUGCCUUCCAGAUAUAUAAACUCACCUGACAAAGAGGUAGAGGCAUCAAGCCAGAAGAUACUGGGGGGUCGGGGAGGAGGGUAGAGGCAAAGGGAGAAGAAGCUUCUCCAAGAGAGAACUUUUAUCAGGGCUCUUUGUGAAGGGUGGUCCCCGCAGGAGCAUCUCUGUGUCCUUCAGGUCCCGUUCCUCCAUUUGUUGGAUGGGAGUUACCCAGAGAAUGAUCCUGAUAACGACAGCCCCCCGGGUACCAGGCUUAAUGCAUUGAACUUUGCGUGCAUCACCAAAAAAAUCUCUAAGUGGGGUUCCUUGGACCUUUGAAGAGACAGGCUCCCUCAGCCUUUAUCCUGUCUUUCCUGCUUGGAGAGGGGCCCCAACCCCACAGGGGCCCUGCUUUGAGGCAGAAAGGGCCUUUUCAAAGCCUCUGCAGGGGUUUGGAAAUAGCCAGAAGGAUUGUGGCUCUCAGUUCCUCAGGUGUCCUGAGGCCAGCCUAGCCUGGAAGGCAGGAAGCUGACCCCACUUUCACAGAUCAGAGCAGCAGCACCACUGCUGGACAAGGAGUUGAGUGAUGCCCAGACAAACUUUCCAAAACAUCGCAAUAGUAAUGCAUUCUUUUUUUACAGUUAUCUUAGGUUAAUGACAAAGAAUGUUAGUUUUCCAGUUACCUUCUGAAAUAUAUCCAUGUAAUUAAAAUAUUAAAGAUAAUCGUAAGUAAAUACUAGUACAACUGGCAGAAUUUGUGAAUGGGGUCCUCCAGUGUUGAAGUUUGGGCUACACUGUAAUGGGGUGUCUAGGGCUGGUCUAGAUCAGCACUGCGGGAGAGAUGACCCUCACCGUCCAUUUUCCACAGCAGUUGUAGGCGCCAGGAAGGCUUCUGAGAACAAUCAGUUCAACCCUAUCAUUUGCUUUAUGGUAUUUUAGUUAUUUUUUUUUUUUUCCUCAAAGUGAUACAAAUGAGUAGUUUUUAAAAAAUACAAAUAGUAGUAAAACCUCCUAACAAAAACCAGCUGUCCCCUCCGCAAUCCCUACCUCCCUCCUGUGUCCUUUUCCCCAAAAGCAGCUACUUUCAACUUACAUUUCUCAAUACCAUGUUUAUACCACUAUUUCUUGACUUACCAACUUGAGACAUUGUCUACUGACUUCCUGUAAUGGAACGUGACAAUUGAGCUCUCUCACUAGCCCUUUCCUCUAUUUUCCCUCUUUCCAUGCUCACAAUAUAAGUAUGUAUCAAUAUUUGUUAAAUCAAUAUUCAGCAUUUGUAUUAUUGUUCAUAUUUGAACCAUGUAGGGAACCCUGAUCACAUUUCUUUUCUUCUGUAACGUUUUGGAGACUUGUGUUUUCAUUUGAUUAGUUUUCUGUCCUGAUUGUUAAUUCUUCCCCAGCUCUCCAACAGAACUAUAGAAUCCCUCUGAGAUCUGCUUUCCAUGUGGUCCAAUAAUGCAUUCAGUUGACUUUCUCCUUUUGGUGACUUUCUACUGAAACCCUCUAUCCUCCUGCUCCAGUCUGGGCUGAUUGUUUUCAAGCGCCACUGCACAGCUGUCACCCCAGGAUUCCCUUCGCUUCUAGCCUGUCUUGAAUCCCCUGCUCUUUGAAUGGCACGUGUUCCUCUUUCUUGAUAUUCUGUCUCACUUGGUAGAUCACAUGGUACAUGUUUCAAAAUGGACUUAUUCCAUGCUCACUUGUGAUUGGUAGUUUGGUUGGGUAUGAAAUUGUAAUAAGUAAAUCCUUUUCCUAGACAAUUUUGAGGACUAUGCUCCUUCAUCUUCUACUUUCAACUAUUGCUGUUAGGUUGGUGAGAAGUACAAAGCUAUUCAGGUGACUGAUUCACCGUGUGUGAGUUUUUCCCCCUCCCAUUUCUGGAAGUUUUUAUUCCCCUCACCACAGUCUGACAUUGUAAAACUUCAUGACAGUGUGCCAUGAUGUGGGUCUUCAUUCACUGUGCUGGGGUUUGAUAGGACCUUUCAGUUUGGAAAAUUAUUUCCUUUAGUUCUAGAAAUGUAGUACAUUAUUUUCUUAAAACUUUCCUCCCAACCAUGUUCUUGGUUCCUCUUUCUGGAAUUCUGUGUUAAUCGGAUUGUAUAACUCCUGGAUUGGUUCUUUAUUUUUCAUAUCUCUUUUUCUCCUUCUUCGUAUCUGUUUUUUUACUAUUUUCUGAAAUAUUUCCUUUAUUCUUCCCCAAAACCUUGUAUUGAAAUUUUUUACUAUCAAAACUUUAAUUCACAUUAUUUUUCUUGUACUCUAUUUCUUUUUUUUUUUAAUUCUAGAUUUAUUUCAUGACACUACCUACCUGAACUAACACAAACAGAGGUAGAACAGCUAAAUAGACCCAUAACAAAAGGAGAGAUUGAAAAGGUAAUCAAAAAACUCCCAACGAAAAAAAGCCCUGGCCCAGACGGCUUCACUGCAGAGUUCUACCAGAUUUUCAGAGAAGAGGUAACACCACUACCACUAAAGGUAUUUCAGAGCAUAGAAAAGGAUGGAAUACUCCCAAACUCAUUCUAUGAAGCCAGCAAAUCCCUGAUGCCCAAACCAGGUAAAGAUACCACAAAAAAAGAAAAUUACAGACCUAUAUCCCUCAUGAACUUCGAUGCAAAAAUCCUCAACAAAAUUCUAGUCAAUAGAAUUCAGCAACAUAAAAAAAAAAAAAAAAUUCACCAUGACCAAGUGGGAUUCAUACCAGGGAUGCAGGGAUAGUUCAACAUUAGAAAAACUAAUAAUGUAAUCCACCAUAUAAAUAAAAGACAAGAACCACAAGGUUUUAUCAAUUGAUGCAGAAAAGGCGUUUGACAAUGUCCAACACCCAUUCAUGAUAAAAACUCUCAGCAAAAUAGAUUUAUUUCAUGGGUGUAAUAUUUUGUGUUAUCUUUUUAAUUAUGUUUUCUUUUCCUCCUUUCUCUGCCUCCCUAUCACCCUCCUCCUCUUUCCUCCUCUUUUUUUUUGCACUGUUUCUGUUUCCCCUGAGCUUCUGUUUGCUUGUUUUGGUUUUCCUCAACAUGGUUCUUGGAUGUCUAUUCAUAGUUAAGAGUGGGGCUCUAAAAUGUUGACUGGAAGCUCUGUUUCCUGGGCAGAGUUUGGCUGGUGGAUUUCAGGUGGGGAGUUUUCAUUGACUGACUCCCAAAUGUCAGUAUCUUGUCUGUAGUUCUUUUCUCUGAGGCCAUUUUUCCUCUCUAAGGAGGAUUCCAAAAACCUCUCCACCAAGGGCUUUUUCGUGGCAUACAGGGCGUUUUUAGUCCUGUGGUAGAUGAGGCUGGCAUGGCUAUUGUCUCAGCCUCUACAGUGCUUAGUGUACCUCUCUAGUUCAAUUAUAUCCCAAGGUAAACCUCUCAUCUCCUUCUAUUUGGGAUUUGGGGAGUAGAGGGAAACUGGGGGGCUCAUAGAGACAAUCAGUUCUUCUGUUUGCAAUCUGCCGGGGUCUGACUUGUCAGGGAUUUAAAAUGUGUACCAUUUUUUUUUUUUUAAUUUUUAUUGUGCUUUAAGUGAAAGUUUACAAAUCAAGUCAGUCUUUCAGACAAAAACUUAUAUACACCUUGCUACAUACUCCGAAUUGCUCUCCCCUUAAUGACACAACCCGCUCCCUCCAUCUACUCUCUCUUUUCAUGUCCAUUUCGCCAGCUUCUAACCCCCUCUACCCUCUCUUCUCCCCUCCAGGGAGGAGAUGCCAGCAUAGUCUCAAGUGUCCACCUUAUCCAAGAGGCUUACUCCUCACCAGCAACCCUCUCCAACCCAUUGUCCAAUCCAAUCCCUGUCUGAAGAGUUGGCUUUGGGAAUGGUUUCUGUCCUGGGCCAACAGAAUCUGUGGGCCAUGACCACCAGAGUCCUUCUAGUCUCAGUCAGACCAUUAAGUCUGGUCUUUUUAUGAGAAUUUGGGGUCUGCAUCCCACUGUUCUCCUGCUCCCUCGGGGGUUCUCUCUUGCGUUCCCUGUCAGGACAGUCAUCGGUUGUAGCCGGGCACCGUCUAGCUCUUCUGGUCUCAGGCUGAUGUAAUCUCAGGUUUAUGUGGCCCUUUCUGUCUCUUGGGCUUGUAAUUACCUUGUGUCCUUGGUGUUCUUCAUUCUUUGCUCCAGGUGGGUUGAGACCAAUUGAUGCAUCUUAGAUGGCCGGUUGCUAGCGUUUAAGACCCCAGAUGCUCCUCUCCAAGGUGGGAUACAAAAUGUUUUCUUAAUAAAUUUUAUUAUGCCAAUUGACUUAGAUGUCCCCUGAAACCAUGGUCCCCAAACCCCCGCCCCUGCUUCGCUGGCCUUUGAAGCAUUCAGUUUAUCCCAGAAACUUCUUUGUUUUUCGUUUAGUCCAGUUGUGCUGACCUCACCUGUAUUGUAUGUUGUCUUUCUCGUCACCUAAAUUAGUUCUUAUCUACUAUCUAAUUAGUAAAUACCCCUCUCCCACCCUUUCUCCCUCCCCCCUCUUGUAACCAUCAAAGAAUAUUUUCUUCUCUGUUUAAACUAUUUCUUGAGUUCUUGUAAUAGUGCUCUUAUACAGUAUUUGUCCUUUUGCAACUGACUUAUUUCACUCAGCAUAAUGCUUUCCAGGUUCCUCCGUGUUAUGAAAUGUUUCACAGAUUCAUCACUGUUCUUUAUCGAUGCAUAGUAUUCCAUUGUGUGAAUAUACCAUAAUUUAUUUAUCCAUUCAUCCAUUGAUGGGCCCCUUGGUUGCUUCUAUCUUUUUGCUAUUGUAAACAGUGCUGCAAUGAGCAUGGGUGUGCAUAUAUCUGUUCGUGUAAAGGCUCUUAUUUCUCCAGGAUAUAUUCCAAGGAGUGGGAUUGCUGAAUCCUAUGGUAGUUCUAUGUCUAGCUUUUUAAGGAAGCACCAAAUCGACUUCCAAAGUGUUUGUAGCAUUUUACAUUGCCACCAGCAGUGUAUAAGUGUUCCAGUGUCUCCACAACCUCUCCAACAUUUUGUGUUUGGAUUAUUUUGUGUUUUUUGGAUUAAUCCCAGGCUUGUUGGAGUGAGAUGAAAUCUCUUUGUAGUUUUGAUCUGCAUUUUUCUAAUGGCUAAUGAUUGUGAAAUUUCCUCAUGUAUCUGUUAGCUACCUGAAUGUCUUCUUUAGUGAAGUAUCUGUUCAUAUCUUUUGCCCAUUUUUUAAUAGGGUUAUUUGUCUUUUUAUAGUUGAGUUUUUGCGGUAUCAUAUAUAUUUUAGAGAUCAGGCGCUGAUGGGAAAUGUCAUAGCUAAAAACUUUUUCCCAGUCUGUAGGUAAUCUUUUUACUCUUAUGGUGAAGUCUUUGGAUGAGCAUAGGUGUUUGAUUUUUAGGAGCUCCCAGUUAUCUAGUUUUUCUUCUGCAUUGUUAGUAAUGUUUUGAAUACUGUUUAUGCCAUGUAUUAGGACUCCUAACAUUGUCUCUAUUUUUUCUUCCACGAUCUUUUUCGUUUUAGAUUUUAUAUUUAGGUCUUUGAUCCAUUUUGAGCUCGUUUUUGUGCAUGGAGUGAGGUAUGGGCCUUGUUUCGUUUUUUUGCAGAUGGAUAUCCAGUUAUGCCAGCACCAUUUGUUAAAAAGACUGUCUUUUCCCCCAUUUAACUGUUUUGGGGCCUUUGUCAAAUAUCGACUGCUCGUAUAUGGAUGGAUUUAUGUCUGGAUUCUCAACUCUCUUCCUUUGGUCUAUGUAUCUGUUGUUGUACCAGGCUGUUUUGACUACUGUGGCGGUAUAACUGGUUCUAAAAUCAAGUACAGUAAGGCCUCCCAUUUUGUUCUCCUUUUUCAGUAAUGCUUUACUUAUCCGGGGCAUCUUUCUCUUCCAUAUGAAGUUGGUGAUUUGUUUCUACAUCUCAUUAAAGAAUGUUGUUGGAAUUUGGAUUGGAAUUGCAUUAAAUGUAUAGAUCGUUUUUGGUAAGAUAGACAUUUUUAUAAUGUUAAGUCUUCCUAUCCAUGAGCAAGGUAUGUUUUUCAAGUUAUGUAGGUCUCUUUUGGUUUCUUGCAGAAGUGUAUUGUAGUUUUCUUUCUAUGUCUUUUACACCUCUGGUAAGAUCUAUUCCUAAGUAUUUUAUCUUCUUGGGGGCUACUGUAAAUGGUACUGAUUUGGUGAUUUCCUCUUCAAUGUUCUUUUUGUUGGUGUAGGAGAAUCCAACUGAUUUUUUGUAUGUUUAUCUUGUAGCCCGAUACUCUGCUGAACUCUUCUAUUAGUUUCAGUAAUCUUCUUGAGGAUUCCUUAGGGUUUUCUGUGUGUAAGAUCAUGUCAUCUGCAAAUAGAAAUACUUUUACUUCUUCCUUGCCAGACUGGAUGCCCUUUAUUUCUUUAUCUAGCCUAAUUGCACUGGCUAGGACCUCCAGCACAAUGUUGAAUAAGAGGGGUGAUAAAGGGCAUCCUCGUCUGGUUCCGGUUCUCAGUGGGAAUGCUUUCAGGCUCUCUCCAUUUAGGAUGAUGUUGGCUGAUGGCUUUGUAUAAAGGCCCUUUAUUAUGUUGAGGAAUUUUCCUUCUAUUCAUAUUUUGCUGAGAGUUUUUUUUUUUUUUUAUCAUUAAUGGGUGUUGAACUUUGUCAAAUGCCUUUUCUGCAUCAGUUGAUAAAAUCUUGUGGUUCUUGUCUUUUGUUUUAUUUAUGUGAUGGAUUACAUUGUUUUUCUAAUGUUGAACCAUCCCUGCGUCCCUGGUAUGAAUCCCACUUGGUCAUGGUGAAUUUUUUUUUGAUAUGUUGUUGAAUUCUGUUGGCUAGAAUUUUGUUGAGGAUUUUUGCAUCGAAGUUCAUGAGGGAUAUAGGUCUGUAAUUUUCUUUUUUUGUGGUAUCUUUACCUGGUUUUGGCAUCAGGGAUUUGCUGGCUUCAUAGAAGCAGUUUGAUAGUAUUCCGUUCUUUUCUAUGCUCUGAAAUACCUUUAGUAUAGUGGUGUUAACUCUUCUCUGAAAGUUUGGUAGAACUCCGCAGUGAAGCCGUCCAGGCCAGGGCUUUUUUUCUUGGAAGUUUUUUGAUUACAUUUUCAAUCUCUUCUUUUGUUAUGGGUCUAUUUAGUUGUUCUACUCUGUUUGUGUUAGUUUAGGUAGGUAGUGUGUUUCUAGGAAAUCAUCCAUUUCUUCUAGGUUUUCAAAUUUGUUAGAGUACAAUUUUUCUUAGUAAUCUGAUACGAUUCUUUUAAUUUCAGUUGGGUCUGUUGUAAUAUGGCCCAUCUCAUUUCUUAUUCGGGUUGUUUGCUUCCUCUCCUGUUUUUCUUUUGUCAGUUUCCUCAGUGGUUUAUCAAUUUUGUUGAUUUUUUCAAAGAACCAGCUUUUGGUCUUGUUAAUUCUUUCAAUUGUUUUUCUGUUUCAUUUAGUUCUGCUCUAAUUUUUAUUAUUUGUUUUCUUUUGGUGCCUGAGGGUUUCUUUUGUUGCUCUCUUUCUAUUUGUUCAAGUUGUAGGGAUAAUUCUUUGAUUUUGGCCCUUUCUUCUUUUUGUAUGUGUGCAUUUAUUGAUAUAAGUUGACCCCUGAGCACUGCUUUCGCUGUAUCCCAAAUGUUCUGAUAGGAAGUGUUUUCAUUCUCAUUGGAUUCUAUGAAUUUCUUUAUUCCAUCCUUAAUGUCUUCUGUAAUCCAGUCUUUUUUGAGCAGGGUUUUGUUCAGUUUCCAAGUGUUUGAUUUCUUUUCCCUGCUUUUUCUGUUACUGAUUUCCACUUUUAUGGCCUUAUGGUCAGAGAAGAUGCUUUCUAAUAUUUCAAUGUUUUGGAUUCUGCUGAGACUUGCUUUAUGACCUAAUAUGUGGUCUAUUCUAGAGAAUGUUCCAUGUGCACUAGAAAAGAAAGUUGCUGUUUGGUGGAGUGUUCUGUAUAUGUCUAUGAGGUCAAGUUGGUGGAUUGUGGCAUUUAGAUCUUCCGUGUCUUUAUGAGCUUCUUUCUGCAUGUCCUGUCCUUCACCGAAAGUGGUGUGUUGAAGUCUCCUACUGUUAUUGUGGAGCUGUCUAUCUCACUUUUCAAUGCUGUUCAAGUUUGUUUUAUGUAUCUUGCAGUCUUGUCAUUCGGUGCCUAAAUAUUUAAUAUGGUUAUAUCUUCUUGGUAUAUUGUCCCUUUCAUCAUUAUAUAGUGUCCUUCCUUAUCCUUUAUGACAGAUUUAACUUUAAAGUCUAUUUUGUCAGAAAUUAAUAUUGCCACUCCUGUUCUUUUUUGAUUGUUGUUUGCUUGAUAUAUUUUUUUCCAUCCUUUGAGUUUUAGUUUGUUUCUCUAAGUCUAAGGUGUGACUCUUGUAGGCAGCAUAUAGAUGGAUUGUGUUUUUUAAUCCAUUCUGCCACUCUCUGUCUCUUUAUUGGUGCAUUUAGUCCAUUUACAUUCAGGGUAAUUAUGGAUAGGUAUGAAUUUAGUGCUGUCAUUUUGAUGUCUUUUUUUGUGUGUUCACAGUUUCUUUUUCCCACUUGAUUUUAUGUGCUGAGUAGAUUUUCUUUAGAUAUUGUCCUUUCCUCAUAUUUGUUGUUGUUGAUUUCGUUUCUGCUGAGUCUCUAUUUUUUUCUUAUAUUUUAUUUUGAUGAAUAGGAUAGCUUGUCUCCUUUGUGGUUACCUUAUUAUUUACCCCUAUUUUUCUAAGUUUAAACCUAACUUUUAUUUCUUUGUAUCAGCAUAUCUUCCUCUCCAUAUGGAAGAUCUAUGAUUACAUUUCUUAGUCCCUCUGUAUUGUUUUAAUGUUGUCUUCUUUUAUAUAAUAACAUCGCUGUUACCCUGUUUUGAGCUUUUGUUUUAUAAUCUUGCUUUGUUUUUUUGAUUUCCCUGUCUGGGUUGACUUCUGAUUGCUCUGCCCAGUGUUCUAGUCUUGGGUUGAUACCUGAUAUUAUUGAUUUUCUAACCAAAGAACUCCCUUUAGUAUUUCUUGUAGUUUUGGUUUGGUUUUUAUGAAUUCCCUAAACUUCUGUUUAUCUGGAAAUGUCCUAAUUUCACCUUCAUAUUUAAGAGACAGUUUUGCUGGAUAUAUGAUUCUUGGCAGGCAAUUUUUUUCCUUCAAUUUUUAAAAUA